UUUGCCUGUUUGUCUGUGAUCUUCAAUACUGCCACAAAUCAGAACUUUGAUUGCUUCUUCCUUGCUGGAACCAAUUAUAUAUGGCAGUGGGAGAGAUCUUCCUUGCUGCAUUCCUUCAGGUGCUAUUCGACAGGCUAGCCUCUCGUGACUUCCUCAUAUUUGCACGGCAAAAAGGCAUUGGCAGGAAGCUUGAAAGAUGGAGUGAAACAUUGUCUGCAAUUCGAGCCGUGUUGUAUGACGCCGAGGAGAAGCAACUCCUAAGCAUGUCAGUGAAAGAUUGGUUAGAUGAUCUCAAAGACCUGACUUAUGAUGUGGAGGACAUCUUGGACAGGUUUUCCACUGACAUGUUAAGAUGCAAGGCCAAUAUGGAGCAAAACCAGGCUGCCACGAGCAAGGUACUAUGCUUCUUUACUAAAGUUAAAGUAAACUUCAAUAUGAACUCUGAAAUGGAAAAGAUUUCUGAAAGAUUGGAAGAAAUAUCUCGAAGAAAAAACAUGCUGGGAUUAAAUAAUAGCGGAGCUGGAUCUAGUGUGGCAUCCCAUAGGCGAAUAAGCUCAUGUUUGCUUGAUGGACCUGUGGUUGGAAGGUAUGAAGACAAAAGGAAGAUUCUUGAAUUGUUGGCAAGAGAUGAGCCUACUACUGUCAAUUUUCAUGUAGUUGCAAUUGUUGGCAUGCCUGGAGUUGGGAAGACAACACUUGCUAAAUUGGUAUUCAAGGAUAAUGAUAUUGCCCUGGAACAGUUUGAUCUCAAGGUAUGGGUGUCAGUGUCUGAUGAUUUUGAUCUUGUUAGAGUAACAAAAGCCAUUCUUGAAUCAGUCACGUCUGUGUAUUGUGACUUCAAAGAGUUCAAUAAAGUUCAAGAUAACUUGAGCAAGGAGUUAGCAAGUAAAAAGUUUCUAAUUGUUUUGGACGAUGUUUGGAAUACCUGUGAGCAUGAUCAAUGGACAACCCUACAGUCUCCCUUUCAUGUCGGAGCACCAGGAAGUAAGAUAAUUGUGACGACUCGUGAUGAAAAAGUUGCAAGAAUGACAAGACCCAUUGAGAUCCACUAUUUGAAGUAUAUGUCUGAUGAUGAUUGUUGGGAAGUCUUUCAGCAGCAUGCAUUCCUGAAUGGAAACAGUGAGAGACCACCAAGUUUUGACUUGUUUCGACAGAGUAUUGUUAGAAAAUGCGGCGGAUUACCCUUGGCUGCAAGGACUCUCGGUGGUCUUUUAGGUUGUGAAGACAUAGAUGAGUGGAAAGAGAUAUUGAACAACAGAUUGUGGAGUCUAUCAGAUAAAAGUCACAUUCACCAAGUGUUGAAAUUGAGCUAUCACUAUCUUCCUUCAUGUUUGAAAAGGUGCUUUGCAUAUUGCUCAAUACUCCCAAACGACUAUGAAUUUGGGGAGAAGCAAUUGAUACUUCUAUGGAUGGCAGAGGGUUUACUUCAACAACAACAAGAACAUCAAACAUUAGAAGAAUUGGGGACUCACUAUUUUGGACAGCUUUUAUCUAGGUCAUUAUUUCAAAAAUCGAGCAGAAACAGUUCAUUAUAUGUUAUGCAUCACCUUGUUGGUGAUAUGGCUCGGUGGGCAGCAGGAGAAAUCUGUCUCAGGUUGGAGGAUAAAGUGGAUGGCAGAUGUUCUCCAAAGACACGUCAUUCUUCAUACGUUCCCAGUCAGUAUGAUGGGGUUUACAAAUUUGAGGCAUUCUCUGAAGCCAAGCGUCUGCGUACUUUUCUACCACUAAGGCUUUCAGAAGACUUCUGUAACUAUGUGACUUGUAAGGUUACUCUUGAUUUACUGCCAAAGUUGGAAUACUUGCGGGUACUCUCUUUGAAUGGCUACCAGAUAACUGAGUUGCCGAAUUCAAUUGGCCACUUGAAGCAUCUACGGUAUCUUGAUCUUUCUUAUACAUUACUCAUGAGCUUGCCCGAAUCAAUAAGCACCCUUUGCAACUUACAGACAUUAAUAUUAGAGAGUUGUUCUAGACUGAAGACACUGCCUAUAAAGAUGCAGUAUUUAUCAAAUCUCCGCCAUCUCAACAAUUUUGAUGUGCCAUCAUUGGAAGGAAUGCCUCCACAGCUAAGUCAACUGAGCAAUCUGCAAACUCUGCCGAACUUCGUGGUGGGAAAAGGUAGUGACUCAAGGAUAAGAGAGAUAGGGCCACUAUCUUCUCUACGAGGGACAUUGUGCCUCUCAAGGUUGGAAAAUGUGAAUGAUGUUGAGGAUGCAAGGAGGACAAACUUAAGUAGCAAGGAAGGGAUUGACGCAUUGCAGCUGGAAUGGAAUGGCAAAGCAGAGAAUGAAGCGCUGGUCCUCAACGUGCUAAAACCUCAUAAAAAGUUGAAAGAGGUCAUCAUCAAGGGUUAUGGUGGUUUGCAGUUUUCAGCAUGGAUUGCAGAUCCUUUAUUCUCUUAUGUGGUGCUUGUGAGGUUAGAGAAUUGUAACUGCCAAUUCUUUCCAUCUCUCGGACAGUUGCCUUCUCUCCAAACACUUCAUAUUAGAAAUAUGUCCGAAAUUGAAAAAGUUGGCCUAGAAUUCUGUGGAGAGGGUAGAUCGUAUUUUCCAUUACUUGAGACCCUUGUGUUUGAGGAUAUGCAGAACUGGAAAGAGUGGUUUCUGGGCCAAGGAUAUCAAGGACUUGGAGUAUUCCCUUCCUUGAAAAUACUUUCAGUGAAAAGAUGUCCCAAACUGAAUGGUGAGUUACCUCAUCACCUUGAACUGUUAAGAAAGCUUGAGAUUCAAGAAUGUAAUGAACUGGUGGUUUCGGUUGCCAACUACAAACAGCUCUGUGAAUUAAACGUGCGUGAUUGCAAAGGGGUGGUGUAUAAGAGUGAGCACCACUUUGAGUUACUGAGGUCUAUUUAUCUAUCAGAUUUUUCAGUACUGAUGUUUCAAACUGGGGGAUUCAUGACCGGAUUAAGAAAAGUGGAACAGUUGAUGCUAGCUAAUGGUGAUGAACUUUCAUCUGAAUGGGAAAAUGAAGGUCUGUUGCUGCAACACCUGAUAGCUCUUCGAAGUUUAUUUAUUGAAAGAAACUCCCACCUUGAUCAACUGCAUUGCCUGCCUUCACCUCAAAUGCUUCACAUAUGCAGAUGCCCAAGUCUAGUUUACAUUCCAGAGUCGUGUUUGCCACCUUCUCUUAAAGACAUGAAGGUUGAAAGGUGCAGUUCUUUGACGUCAUUUGCAAGAUACAAAAUACCCCCGAGUCUAAGAACAAUAGAGAUUAAACAUUGCCAAUGUUUGAAACAUUUAGUAGAAGAUGAGCAGGCAUCUUCUUCAGCUCCCUCUCUCGAGUACCUGAGCAUAUCUAACUGUCCAUCUCUUAUCUCCUUAUCAUCCAAAAGUCCCUUACCAAAGGUACUUAAACACCUUUACAUAAGGGAUUGUGAACAACUGCAGACAAUAUGUGAAGGCUUCUAUGAUGACACUUGUCUUGAAGAACUUCAUAUAGGGCGUUGUGCAAAUCUGAAAACCUUACCGGAGGGCCUAUGUCUUCUUGCCAAUCUUCGUAAUUUAAUUGUUUUUUCCUGUGAGAGUAUUGUUUCCUUCCCAAGAGGAGGGUUGCCAACAAGGGCCUCCAACCUGACAGUCCUGGUUAUAUCUGAUUGUCAAAGAUGGAGAGCCUUCCCCAAAGACAUGAUCAACCUCAACUUUCUCCAGGAGCUGGUGAUUGGCAGCUGUGGAGGUUUGGAGUACAUUCUAGGGGAGGGUUUUCCACCCAACUUGACAUCACUUAUCCUCUUGAAUCCCAGGAACUGUACACCUCUUAGAGACUGGGGAUUACACUUGCACAGACUCUCCUCUCUUACAGAGUUAUGCAUUCAAGGUGUUGAUCAAGAUUUGGUGUCCUUUCCGCCAGAGGAGAUGCUGCUUCCUGCAUCUCUCAUUAAACUUACUAUUGGAUUCUUCCCAAAUCUGAGAAGAAUAUCCAGCCAGGGCCUUCAAGUCCUCACCUGUCUUGAAUCUCUUAGAAUUGAUGAUUGCCCAAAGCUUGCAUCCAUCCCAGAGGAUCUGCCCCUUUCACUCACACAACUUUACAUUUAUGAUGACUGUCCUCUGCUUAAAAAGAGAUAUAAACCAGAUGCACCAAGAUACUGGGCUAAAAUAAGUCAUAUUCCAUACAUAGAGAUUGGAGACUACUGCAAACCCUGAGGCUCACAGCCUGCAUCCUUUAGAAGUCCAGACCUACAGAGCCAGAGGAAAUGAGACUACUCAAAGAUUAAAACUGAUUCCAGUUUAUGUGUGGAACAUCACUGUAUUUUUCAAGUCAAACUGGAGCUAAUAGUAUUGGGGGAUUGGAUGAAAGGUUGAACAAAAUGAAAAUUGUAAGUGCUCUGAGGGCUUUGUUAAAGAACGUUACAUUGUGCCAGACAUCUCUAGCUCUAUCUAUCAUACAAAUAUAAACUCUAGCUCUGUCAAACAAUUAAUUUUAUAACUAUCAUGGCUUCAGUCAGUCAUUCGUGUUUUUUUCUUCACAUUUUCGAAUACUGAUCUCUGUAUAAGUA